AAAAAUUAAAAGGAAUAUAUAAACAAGAAGAGGACAUGAAGCACAGAGAUUCUGCAGACUGCAGGUGACCAAUGGACAACUUUAUCAAUAAAAACAUACCUACUACUCUCUUACACUUUCAAUUUUCCAAUACAACCCCAAUCUUUAAUCUCUCUUAGCUUCUUCUUCUUCUAUAUCUCUCUCUCUCUCUCUCUUUCUCUCUAUCUAUCUUCAUGGCAACUAGGAUUCCAUUCACAGAGUCACAAUGGGAAGAGCUUGAAAACCAAGCUCUUGUGUUCAAGUACUUAGCUGCAAAUGUUCCAGUUCCACCUCAUCUUCUCUUCCUCAUCAAAAGACCUUUUCUCUUCUCUUCUCCUUCUUCUAAUUCUUCUUCUCCUUCACCUUCAAGCUUCUUCUCUCCUACUCUUUCUCCACACUUUGGGUGGAACGUGUACGAGAUGGGCAUGGGAAGAAAGAUAGAUGCAGAGCCAGGAAGAUGUAGAAGAACUGAUGGCAAGAAAUGGAGAUGUUCCAAAGAAGCUUACCCUGACUCAAAGUACUGUGAGAGGCAUAUGCAUAGAGGCAAGAACCGUUCAUCAUCAUCAAGAAAGACUCUUCCUCUUACUCCUCCUCAUCAAUUCACACCAAAUCUCUUUCUUGAGUCAUCUCUCUCUUCUUCAAGGGUUAGUAGAAGAAGAAGUGGAUACAUGGAUGACUUCUUCUCCAUAGAACCUUCCGGGUCAAUCAGAAGCUCAGUAAUGGAAGAUGAUGAAGGGAUCAACAGAGAGAAGCAGCCGGAUCGACAUUGCUUCAUCCUUGGUACUGACUUAGGGACACGUGAGAGACCAUUGAUGCUUGAUGAAGACAAGUUGAAACAAAGAGAUGAUGAAGAAGACGAAGAAGAACAAAGGAGCAAGAGGCUUUAUAGGUUUCUUGAUGAAUGGCCUUCUUCUAAGUCUUCUGUUUCUACUUCACUCUUCAUUUGAUCAUUCUUAUGUUUCUUGUUUUAAGUUUGGUAAUGCAAAUUCUCUUCUUUCUUUUUUUUAAUCUAAUUAAUUAGGAUUAUUUUUGUGUGUUCCAUUCAUAAACCACCACCACCCUAGUCACAUGCAUUAUAUUAGCAUAAAAAAUAAUUUUAAUUAUUUGUAAUAUAGUUACAUUAAUAUGAUUUCAAUUUCUAUA